CUCUAUUGCUACCAGACAGUGACCGGUAUAAAAUUCAUGGCGGUCGCCGAUCCUCGACAAAGCAAUGUCGAUGCACUGCUGCGGAAAAUAUUCGAGAUCUAUGCCGACUACGGAUUGAAGAAUCCGUUCUACGCUCUGGAGCAGCCCAUAAGAUGUGAACUUUUCGACAUCCACCUUCAGCAGGCUGUUGAAGGUAUCGACCGAAUGUGAGACGCCUCCCGAUGUGACUCAACGGAUGCAAAAAGGCCUGCCGAAGACUCUGCCCCUUGCCGGAGUGAAGAAAGUUGUUCUCGUAUCAUCUGCCAAGGGUGGUGUCGGAAAGUCUACAACAACAGUCAAUCUCGCGAUCUGUGCAGCCAAGAAAGGCCUUUCAGUAGGUCUUCUAGACGCUGAUGUUUUCGGUCCGUCGAUUCCGCGAAUGAUGAAUCUCUCAGGCGAGCCUGAGCUCAACAAGCAAAACCUCAUGGUACCGCUUCGGAACUUCGACGUGCGAGUGAUGUCGAUGGGCUUCCUCGUUGAUGAAGGCAAGCCGAUCGCAUGGCGGGGUUUGAUGGUUAUGCAAGGCGUUCAAAGACUUCUCCGAAGCGUGGCUUGGGGUCCACUGGAUCUGCUCGUCGUCGAUAUGCCCCCAGGGACUGGAGAUGUACAACUGUCGAUCGCCCAGAAUAUACCCAUUGACGGAGCAAUGAUAGUCACCACGCCGCAAACGAUAGCGCUCCUCGAUGCCCGCCGUGGUAUCGAAAUGUUUCGUAAAAUGGAGGUACCCAAUCUGGGAAUCGUUGAGAAUAUGGCUGAGCAUGUGUGCGAGAACUGCGGGCACACAACGCACAUCUUCGGUAGAGAAGGAGCGAGGAAAUUAGCGGCAGAGCUGGAUGUACCCUUCCUAGGGAGCAUCCCGUUGAACUUGUCCAUCCGUGAGUGUUCGGACGAAGGCAAACCAAUUUGCGUUGUACAACCAAAUUGUCCAAUCGCGAAAACAUACGAGGAGCUAGCAGAUGGAGUAAUCACCCGAUUGGACCUACAGCGAAAGUGAUUCAUCUUCGACUUCGUCGCAAAGAUGGCCAAUGAGAAGCUAGGAUGUAUCUAUGUGCGGAUUCUAAUGUCGCAAUUGUAAUAAAUGGUU